AUCCAGAUCUAUGCAGAGAAACAACAUGACAAUCGCAGUCCCAGACUUGAAAUCAAGUCUACUGCUGCAUGCAGCAUGUAAAUAUGCCCAGCAUGCAAUCCACGUCGCAUGAACGAUUACCGUCUGUGAUUUAUGGUGAAAUCCCAAUGGCAAUUUUACACGAUUAUCAAGUUGGGACAAAAACCCAAAUAGUCUUUCGUAUGUAUCCUAAUUAAACUUUUUUUUGAAUGUCGGACUACAUGUACAGUACGGUGUGUAAACGAUAUCUCAGCGAGCUAGUAUGGGCCACACAGUAAGCGAAGCUUAAUUCCUUGAAACAAAAGUAAGGGUGAUUAUGCUAAGCCGGUCCUAUUAAUGGCAAAUUUUCUUCGAAGAACUAAGUCAGUGUCAAACAAUUGUUUAUAUGGACGUGGUCUUACAUUAACAAACACAAGAAAAAAUGCUGCCAAUGUACGGAGAUUAUUCUCGUCAUCAUCUUGUUCAUUUAGUUUCAUAAAUAUCAACGGUGGUGGUUCAGCAACACCAGCGAAACCUCAUCAGCAAGACCCGAUCACUGAAAAAAAAAACCUUCUUAAAAACAGUCAGUCACUACUGUCAAUGUCAUCAGUAGCUUAUUCCAAGAUGGCAACUAGUGGUGUUACAACGCCUGGGGAGCAGAAAUCCGUUGAAGUUUGCAGAUUGAUGGGUCCACAAGAUGCCAAUAUAUCAGGAAAUGUUCAUGGAGGUGUUAUAUUGAAGAUGAUUGAACAAGCAGGCCUGAUUGUUUCAACUAGACACUGUAAUGUCAUGCGGACACACGAAUCCACAUCAGAGGAUGAAUUUGAACAGUGUGUGGCAGGUCUAGUACGGGUGGAGAAGACAGACUUUGUACAACCUAUGUAUAUAGGAGAAGUUGCCCAACUUCAUGCAGAGAUAACACACACAGCAUACCACUCCAUGGAAGUACAAGUACGAGUAUGGGCAGAGGAUGUCAUGCAUGGCACCAAAAGAAUGACUAACGAGGCAACCCUAUGGUAUGUACCAACAAGUGUGAAGACUUUGGGUAAGGUCCUUCCUAUACCAAAGAUAAGUUAUUUGUCAGCAGAGGAAGAGGCUGCUGGAUGGGAGCGUUACAAUAAACAGAAAGAAGCAAGAAGGAGACAGGGUCUUGGUAGUACUGUUAGCUUCACUAUGGCAGAGGUAGAACAUCUGAUGGAUCAAGACAAUUGUAUUACAGAACACUCAGUUCCUUAUGCUCAGUCAAGCCUGAUCCAUCUAGCUGGUGUUACUGAUUGCAAUUUUGCUAGUUACGUUAAUGGAGGUGUGACAAUGAAGUUAAUGGAUGAAGUAGCUGGAAUCACCGCAUUUAAACACUGCAAAACAACAGUAGUAACUGCAUCUAUGGAUGCAGUUAACUUCCAUCAACCUAUACCAAGAGGAUCUGUGAUGCAUGUUGUGGGUCGACCUUCUUUUACCAGUAAGCAUUCCAUAGAGAUUGAAGUAUUUGUGGACAUGGAGACCAUGUUUAAAGGACAUUCUAAGAAGCAGAGGGCUGUGCAUGCAUUUUUCACCUUUGUGUCUCUUAGCAAUAACAAAGAGGUUUUAGACAUCCCACAUCUGAAGGUACAGACCGAAGGUGAGAUAUCCAGAUUUAAGGAAGGAGCAGCAAGGUAUGAAUUACGCAAACAAGCUCGUUCAAAAGGAAAAAAACAACAUCAAAAUGCAGCAUCUUGCUCUUGAACGGAAUCAGUCAAAUUUGUCUUAUAAAAUCAGCAUAGUUAAGGAAGUGCUUAAACAAAUUCCUUUUGACGUAAAUGCAAUUAAAACUUGUUUAUAUCGUGUUUUUUUAAAUUUAAAUGUCAUUUUGUUAUUUGUACACUUCUGAUGAA